AUGGGUGUCGUGGUGGUUGUGACGGUGCCAUCACCUUUGCGCGAGGUGCACACCCGUCGCUCUCAGUGCUGGUGUGACGAAAUAAGCCCAAUAUGCGCCAAUUGCGCUAGGCGUGAGCUGCAAUGUUCUUUUCUUACGGACAACGACGAGACUACACCAGGCAAUGGCGCCUCACAAAGUCCGGCGGCUCAAGGACCACCACCACGCCCUCGUUCGAACCCGGCAUCGUCAACUCUGCGGGCACAACCACCGACAAACCACCUUCAGACGGCGGCGCCACCAGGCCUUCUCCCAGCGACUAGCGCAACUGUCCUCGAUCCACAAAUCCAAGCCAGGCACAUGCUGGAGCUUGAGCUCAUGCACCACUACUCGACCUCGACGUAUAUGAGCUUCUUCGGGCUCCGGGACCACGUCGCGACGGUCAAUGCGUGGCAACGCUUUGUACCCCGAGAGGCGCUGAAAUACGAUUUCCUCAUGUAUGGACUAUUGGCAUUCACGGCACUGCACAUUGCCAAAUUGACGCGACCUGCCGACGACAAGCUCGACGAGUCCACGGCCAUGGACACAGAUGCGGACGCGGACGCGGACGCGGACGCCGACACGGACACGGACGGUGUUGGCGGCGGCGGCAGCGGCGGCGGCGGCGGCGAGGCGACCUUUUCCGCGCCGUCGUCAUUCUACUUCCAAAAGGCCCUCGAGUAUCAGAACGAGGCGUUUCGGUCGUUCCGCUCGGUGCUCGACCACGUCACGCAGGACAACUGCAACGCGGCAUUUGCCUUUUCCGUCCUCACGACGCUCCUGGUCAUCGCCGUACCCGGCUUCGAGGACGGGAGCGAGAAGGAAGACGGGACCAGCAACAAGACGAUGCAGGCCGUGUUCACCAUGUUCGAGUUCCUCAAGGGUCUCAGCUCCAUCGUCGCCGCAAGCGGGGAGUGGUUCCACAAGGGCCCGUGGGCGCACGUCCUCGCCCACUUCCAGGAGUUCCAAGAAGGCCACUGGGAGCUGUCGGACCCGGACUGCCUGCAGGUCCUGCGGCGACUGUCGAGCCUGAACGAGGAGCUCAACGACCCUGCGGACCCGGCCGAGGGCUCAAAGUUCAGAGUCAACAAGUGCGCCAUCGACAACCUGGAGCGGUGUUUUGCAAAGUACCAUGUCCCCGCCGUCGUCAGAGGCGGCGGCGGCGGCGACGACGUCGCGGGUGUGGGUGGCGGCGAGCGGGAUGUCGCCUACAAAGGCCACAUACUGGGUUGGCUGACCAUGGCCGGGUCCGACUUUGUCACGUCGCUGCACCGCGGCGACUCCCUGGCGCUCCUGAUCUUCCUGCACUGGGCCGUCCUGCUGAAGAACCUCGAGUCGUUCUGGUGGUCGCACAACUCUGCAAAGGCCCUGGUCGCCGAGGUCGCGAGCAUGCUGCACCCGCGCGGCAGCGAGUGGGAACAUCGAACCAUGUGGGCUCGUGAGAAGGUCGGACUGCCUUAG